AUGGGUUGCUGUAAAUCCUUUCCAAAUGGUUGUUGCUCCUCUUAAUCUUUAGAAAAUCCCACAAAUUCAGUAAUUCCUAAAGAAACUUCAGAUUAAUUGAAAUAUGAAUUCAUUUAAAGUGUAGUAAAUCUUGAUGCAAUUGGUAAUUCCAAUAAUGAUAAGGAAAUAUGUUUUCCAAUAAAAAAUACAUCAUAUACAAAAGAUAUAAGUGAUGUAGAAAUAAAAUAAGAUUACAUGAAAACUAGUUCUAAACAAUGGAACAUAAAGCAAACUAUGUUUGUAAGAGUGAAUUCUAAAAAAAACAUAAAUGAUACCUACUUGAUAAAAGAAAUGAUUGGAUAAGGAGGAUUUGGUAAAGUCUAUAAAGUAGUCCAUAAAUAAACUGGUAAAUAGCAUCACGACCUCUAAUAUAGGAAUGAUAAGGGCUGUGAAAAUGAUACUGAAAGAGAAGAUGAAACAAGAAGAUGAAGAACGAUUAUUAUAAGAAACAGCAAUUUUGAUGGACAUUGAUCAUCCAAAUAUAGUAAAAUUAUAUGAAAUAUUUUCUGACACAUAUAGUUAUUAUUUGGUAAGUGAAUAUUGUGAAGGUGGAGAGUUAUUUGAAAAAAUUAAACUUGUUUCAAUAUUAACAGAGAAAUAGAUUGCCAAUUUUAUGAAAUAAAUAUUAUCAGCUGUUUCUUAUUGUCAUUAAAAAGGAAUUGUACAUAGAGAUUUAAAACCAGAAAAUAUUUUAUUUGAUUAAAAACAUGAAUAAGCUUCAAUUAAAAUUAUAGAUUUUGGUGCAAGUGCUAAACUAUAGAAUUUUGAGAAGCUAUAAAAAAGAAUAGGAACUGUAUUUCAUUUUUAGUUUAUUAGCCUUUUUAUGUUGCUCCUGAAGUUCUUGAUGCAAAUUAUGAUGAAAAAUGUGAUAUUUGGUCACUUGGAGUAAUUUUGUAUAUACUUUUAAGUGGAUAUCCACCUUUUAUGGGAUUAAAUGAGUAAGAAGUUCUUAUAAAAGUAAAAAAAGGUGAAUAUGUAUUUGACCCAAAUGAUUGGGGCAAAGUAUCUAACUCUGGGAAGGAUUUAAUUAGAAGAAUGCUAAUGUAUAAUCCUGUAAAUAGGAUUUCAGCAGCUGAAGCAAUGAAUCAUGAAUGGAUCAAAAAUAAUAAAGCAAAAGGAUAAAUUAACAGUUUGACCCUUAGUAAAUUAUAAGAUUUUGAUUCAAAAAAUAAACUUAAAUAUGCAAUUUUUUAGUUUAUUACUGUGUAGGUUGUCACAAAUUAAGAAAAGGAUGAUUUACUUAAAAUAUUCCAAGAAAUAGAUAAAAAUGGAGAUGGAACUGUCAGCAAAGAAGAGUUGUAUUAAGGUAUUAAAAGUAUUAAUUUAUAGCCUAUUUAAAGAUUAACAAAGGGGAUAAAUUAGCUGCUGAGACUAUUGUAGAAGAAUUAUUUCCUUAAUUAGAUGCAAAUGGAUCUGGAAUUGUAGAUUUCAGUGAAUUUAUAACUGCAACUAUAAAUAAAGAAAAAUCAUUAAGCAGAUAAAGAAUUGAAUAGUCAUUUAAAUUAUUUGACUUAGAUGGAAAUGGAUUAAUUACUAAACAAGAACUUAAUGAGUUAUUUGAUGAAGAAAUAGAUGAAGAAAUGUGGUAAGAAAUUUUAGAUUAAUGUGAUACUGAUAAUGAUGGAAUGGUAAUUAUAUUAUAUAAACAAUUAGAUCAACCUUAAUGAAUUUAUUAAUCUGCUUGAAAAUAAAAUAUCAAAAAAUCCAAUAUUUAAAUAAUGA